AAUGGAGAUAGGUUAAUUUGAUAAUUUAUUUCAAUAUGCCUCCUAAUUGGCUGAUUUGGCAUUAAAUGUUGGUAUUUGAUCCUGUUUUGAUAAAUAAAUAGGAUUUGUGUUGGGUCCUCUAAUUGGAUACGUGGCUUAAUAUUAAUUGAUAAAGUCAUAGAAGAGUGUAGGUUCAUUUUCAACUGAUGUAUGUGCAAUAUUAUUGUUUGCCAAUUUGUUAAGAAUUGUAUUUUGGUAUGAAAAACGUUUUGAAAGUGCAUUAUUGUAUCAAUCAGUUCUGAUGAUCAUGAUGUAAGUAAUAAAUCAUACUAUAUUCUUAAGGUUGAAUUAUUAAGACUAUGUCUGACAAUAAAGAAUAAGUCUGUUUAUAAAAAUAAACCAGUCUCGUUCUUUGAUAGCCCAUUUAAUAAAUUUUGGAGAUGGACUUAAUUAAAUUCCUAUAUAGCAUGUUUAAUCACCUUCUUAAUUUUUGUAUUGAUAUCUAGUUAUUUGAAUCUUGGUAACCCUCAAUAUUGGGAAAUUAUAGGAUUUCUAAGUUGUGCAAUAGAAGUACAUAUAAAUUUAUAUUAAUAAGGCCACUUUGGGAUUACCUUAAGCUAUAAAAAAUCAUACAUCAAAAAGCGUGAAAGGAUUGUCAUACACAAUGAUAGGAUCAUGGUUUUUAGGAGAUGCAUUUAAGACAUUUUAUUUCAUUGUCAAAAAUUAACCAGCUUAAUUUGUGAUGUGCGGAGUAAUCCAAUUAAGUGUUGAUAUUUGGAUUAUGCUAUAAAUAGCAGUUUUUAGUUCUAAGAAAGGAGACCUAGCAGAAAUAUGAU